AGCUGAUCUGCCACAAGCAUACUUUCACGGCAGUAAAUUGUUCGAGAUACGGGGAGCUCAAUAGGCUUCGAACCCAGUAGAAUUAUUUUGUUCUAUGACCUCAAAUCGGUUUGCCUGGAAAAUAAUUCGAAGCAUAACAACAAUUGAACAACCACGCAAAAAUGGGGGACGUCGCACAGGUGAAGGUCGUCUUCACUACCACUGAGCAGGAUUUGGUACUGCCAGACUCUAAACAAAAAUUGCUCGUGCCUGCAGAUAUUAAACGAUAUGGCCUCUCUCGCAUUCUCAACUCCGAGUCUAUGCUCGACACCUCCUCUCCUAUACCACUCGACUUUCUCGCCAACGGCACAUUUCUCCGAACUUCUAUCGAAGAGUAUCUUGCAACAAAUGGUCUUUCAUCUGAAUCCACCUUGACUUUGCAGUAUGUUCGAAGUCUGCUUCCUCCGGUUUACGAGGCGAGCUUUGAGCAUGACGACUGGGUCGGUGGUAUAGACCUCCUAUCUGCCACUUCACGAGCAGGCCUCCUGGCUGGUGGUGGGAACAUCCCCGAACGAGUUGCGAGUGCUUCCUAUGACGGCCUCGUUAGGGUCUGGAACCCCUCUGGAGACGCAAUCGCAGUGUCUCCUGCUGGUCGAGCUGGUGGCCACACGCAGCGAGCGAAUGCGGUCAAGUGGAUGUCACAGAAGCAGCUGGCUUCAGUUGGCCUGGAUCGCAAGGUUAUUGUCUGGGACUAUAGCGAGUCUGAGGAUGGUUUCUCUGGCGCCCUCAAGUCCAGCAUGGAACUCUGGGGUCAUGGGAAGGAAAUCAACAGUCUUGACAUUAACGGAGCCACUAAGCGAAUUCUCACAGCAUCAUCUGACGGUAAAGUUGGCCUUUGGACAUCGUCAAAAAGAACAGCUCCCCAAGCGGAUCCUGAGAGCUUGCCUUCUGCGCACAGCACGAAGCGAGCCAAGCUUGCAAGUGCCGCCAACACUGCACAGCGUGGCCCUCUUGCUUUGAUCCCUGUCCAUGAUGAGCCUGUGACUGCUGCCAUCUUUCAUCCCAACGACGCGACGGUCGCCUAUUCGGCAUCCAAAGAUCAUACUGUUCGCACUAUUGAUUUGACAACCCAGCGCGAGGUCAGCCGACUCACAACCAUGCACCCACUAUUAUGCGCAACGGCGCUCCCCGGAUCCUCGCUUGUCGCUGCUGGUUCGUCGGCCCGACAUAUUACCCUCCUCGACCCCCGCGAGUCAGCUACUACUACCUCAGCCAUGACACUCCGCGGUCACGUUAAUAUGGUUGUCUCUUUGGCGCCUUCGCCCGAAAACGACCACUCGCUUGUGUCUGGCUCCCACGACAGUACAUGUCGUGUGUGGGAUCUUCGAAGCGUGCGGAUGGGUACGUCGGAAGAGGGUGGUGGCAGCGUCAGUGAGCCAGUGUACACCAUAGGCCGAGAGUGGCUCAAGGGCAAGAAGCUCCCAGCUGCUGGUGAUGGAGCCAAGGUGUUGAGCGUGGCCUGGGAUCAAUCCUGGGGUAUUGUGAGUGGUGGUGAGGAUAAGAAGGUUCAGAUCAACAGAGGCCGUAAUCUGUUUGGGCCAGGACCAUAGAUAGUGUAAUAGAAAUGGAGACCCAAACCAGAUUAUCCCUUUAUACCAAAAAUACUUAUUGUGUUCUCAGAUGAUAUAGCUGCAAUAUUUAGGGAU